GACUGUUUUUUUUUAGAUAAAUAUGAUGAUUUUUGUUCUUUUGGGUUUUUUUGGUUCAUGUUAGUGAUCUCGUUUUGCUUCGUAUUACUGUUAUCUCUAGCAUGCUUUUGAUCUUGUUUGCUUCAGGUUUUGAUAACCAAUUCAAGCGAAUAGGAAAAUUUUCCUGAAUAUGAGUAACUAAUUUAAUUUCUCUAUGUAUAUAUCUACCGAUCUGAUAUAGAAGAAGGUAUGGGGAGAGGAAAGGUUGUGAUUCGAAGGAUUGACAAUUUGACGAGCAGGCAAGUGACCUUUUCGAAGAGAAGAAAUGGGUUGCUUAAGAAGGCUAAGGAGCUAUCAAUCCUUUGUGAUGCUGAGGUUGGAUUGAUUAUCUUCUCUAGCACCGGCAGGCUUUACGAUUAUGCUAGCACUAGCAUGAAAUCAGUUAUCGAUCGUUUCAACAAACUGAAAGUGGAGCAUCAACUGCUGAAUCCUGCUUCAGAAGUCAAGUUUUGGCAAAGGGAAGCAACAAGCUUGAGGCAACAAUUGCGGUACUUGGAAGAAUGUCACAGGCAGUUAAUGGGGGAAGAACUUUCUGGUUUGAGUGCCAAUGAUCUACAAAAUUUGGAAAGUCAGCUUGAGAUGAGUUUGAAAGGUGUCCGAACGAAAAAGAACCAGAUAUGUAAUGAUGAAAUAAAAGAACUGAACCAGAAGGGAUCUUUCAUACAUCAAGAGAAUAUAGAACUGCAUAAGAAGCUAGACCUCGUAAGUAAAGAGAAUGAGAAACUGCAAAAGAAGGUUUAUAAAGCAAGGGAUGUGAAUCGAGGAAACAAAAGUUCACAGCCUCCACAUAGCAUCAGCAAUGAAGAUGAUUUGCAUGCUCCCACCCAUCUGCAGCUAAGCCAACCACAGAUUCAAACUUAGCAUUGGGCUUGGGCCUUCGAACAAUGAAGUGCCAGCAAAAGUUAUAUAUAACCCCACUAACGUGUAAUAUAGCCCAUAUUGAUCCAAUCGACAAACCCACCAAAAAAAAAGAACAAGCAAAGCUCACUGUUUUGAUUAACAUCUCUUCAAAGUGUGCAAACAGAUUACAACUGCAUUGGCAAAGUUGUUUCACAGCGGUGGAUAGCUAUGUCAUAAUGCAGAAUGCAGGCAACUCGCACCGCAGUGCAAGUCAAUCUUCAAGGAGUGAAAUGUCAUACUAAUAGUAAAUGGAUCCAACGAA